GAGUUGAGGUCCCAUUUGCCAUGCCAUGAAGAAAUAGAAUGAUUCUCGCGCGCGAACUCGACAAAAACAAUAAAAAUGGCUUCUCCUUCUCUGGGCUUUAUUUUAAUGGAGGCCAUGAAAGCGACCUGGCAGAAGCGAACUCAGGAAACAACACCAACUCCUUCUAACUGUAUGCAGCUGUGGCUUAGGAGUCUCGCAGACCAGACGGCGAAUGGAACAAGUCAGCUGCAUCGUUCUUCUCACCCGGGCCACCACUUGUCUCUCUCCCAUUAGAGCCGGCCUCUCUCCUCUCCCUCCUUUUAUAUCCACCCACCCGCCGUAGAUCAGUCCCAAGAACACUUCUUUGCCCUUUCAUCCUUCUGGGUAUCGAUCCAAAUCGAAAACCCAGACGGGAAAUCGGAUGCUUCCGACCAGAACCGGAGUUCGGGUUCUCUGCGACGUUUCAUCGAACAUCUCGCGUACGUUUUAGAAAAAGCGAGGGGACGCGAGAGAAGAUCCGAUGGACCGGCUCAUAAGCUUGGAGCCAUCCAAUGUCGUGGCGAUACGCAUUGAACCAGGGCAGAGGUGCUGCGGUGUGCUGACCCUCCGAAAUGUCAUGCACACUAUGCCGGUGGCGUUCAGGCUCCAGCCAAUCAACAAACCGCGCUACACAGUCAAGCCUCAGUCGGGAAUAAUAUCGCCUCUGGCAACGGUCACUGUGGAGAUCACUUGUCACCUCCCUCCUGGGGUUAAUCUCCCCGACACUUUCCCUUACUGCGACGACUCGUUCCUGCUGCACAGCGUGGUGGUUCCAGGAGCUGCCAUUAAGGACUCGGGAUCGACCCUGGACUCGGUUCCAAGCGACUGGUUUACUGCAAGGAAGAAGCAGGUUUUCAUUGAUAGCGGGAUCAAGGUGAUGUUCCUUGGGUCGCAAGUAAUCUCCCGCCUUGUCUUGGAGGGUAAUUCAAUCGAUGAUAUAAGGACCGUGCUCGAGAGGAGCGAUCCCUCGUGGAGGCCCGCAGACUCUGUGGACCCGCUUGGCCAGACGCUGCUCCACCUGGCGAUUGCUCAAGGCAGGCCUGACCUCGUGCAGCUACUCCUUGAGUUUAAUCCCGACGUAGAGGCCAGGAGCCGGUCAGGGUCAAGCCCGCUUGAGGAAGCUGCAUCCUUAGGUGAGGCCCUGAUCGCUGAGCUUCUGUUGGCUCAUGGGGCGAGCACAGAGCGGGCUCAGACUGCGGCUCGGGGCCCAAUCCACCUUGCAGUUGGUGGGGGGCAUGUGGAGGUGUUGAAACUUCUAUUACUCAAAGGGGCCGAAGUCGAUGCCACUACAAGGGACGGGAACACCGCCCUCCACAUCACCGCUGAGGAGCACAGGAGGGACUGCGCUCGGCUCCUGAUCUCAAGCGGGGCUCGAACCGAUGUACGGAACUCUGAGGACUGGGAGACCCCGCUACACAUCGCAGCACGGUCUGGGGACGAGCACAUGGUCCGGCUCCUGCUCCAUAAGGGCGCUAACAAGGAAAUCAGAAAUCGUUACGGGAAGACAGCCUACGACGUGGCAGCGGAGCAUGGGCAUGUGAGGCUCUUCGAUGCGCUCAAACUCGGGGACAAGCUCUGCCUUGCAGCAAAGAAGGGGGAUGUCAGAACAAUUCAGCGCCUUCUCGAGGGCGGAGCAGCCGUGAAUGGGAGGGACCAGCAUGGCUGGACGGCCCUGCACAGGGCGGCUUUCAAGGGCCGCACAGAAGCGGCGCGGGUCCUGAUCGAUAAGGGCGCAGAGACCGACUCCAGGGAUGAGGACGGGUACACUCCCCUGCACUGUGCUGCAGAAUCAGGGCAUGCAGAUGUAAUCGAACUGCUCGUGAAGAAAGGGGCUGACACAGGUGCCCGCACGAACAAAGGCAUGACGGCCCUACAGAUCGCGGAGUCUCUGCAUUACUCGGGGAUCACAAGGAUGCUCGCUCACGGCGGCACGGGCAGUAAAGAAGGGAGUGGCAAUGCUCGAGGAUAUGGCCCGAAUCCUUGCAGGAAAGGGCUGGUGAAUCGAGUGGCAGAAACCGACAAUGUAAAGAAGAAGCACAGUCGGGGGAGAUCAAUGCGGUCGAGCUUCGACCAAUCAUCCGUACCCCUGGCCGUGCUGUAACGGGCUUAGAAUCUCUUAGUUUCGAUCUAAUUUUGUGCGCAGAACACUCAAAUUAGAGGCUCAACUGUGUAGACUCCUACAAAGUUUUGGGUUGGAGACUCAACAUGGGACGUUGUUCGUUGUAUAAUCUCGACCUUCGUAUUGUAGAUUCCGGUACAAAAGUUGUGCCGCAGAAUUCACUGUAAUAUUCUAUUCUCUAAUAUAGAUAUUGCUCUUAUUGGGCAAAAAAA